GGAACCUGGAUAGAGCUGUGGUUCCUAGAGCUUGUUUUUGUAAGUGGACAAGUGAAGGUAUGUGCUGAGGGGUACGCGUGGUCAGCAGAAGACAACCCGAGGACUCCAGCCUUGCCUUCCAGCUGAAGCUCCCGGCCGCGGCUAGCCUUUAAUCCCAGCACUCAGGAGGCAGAAGCAGGCGGAUCUCUGUGAGUUCGAGACCAGCCUGGUCUAGAGAGUGAGUUCCAGGACAGCCAGCGCUACACGGGGAAACCCUCUCUCCAAACCACGCCCCCCACAAAGGGAGGUGAUUGGAGGAUUGAAUUCAGAUCAUCAGUCUUCAUGACAGCCAGAGGCUUGGAGGAUCUGGAUGGGGGCCUGGGCAGCUGCCUCCCCAGCGAUGAUUUCUCGUUACUGGAGGAGCCAAGCUCAGGCCGACGGCCAGACGGCAAGGCACAAGGGGCAUCCAGGCUGGCGGACUCUAGUCGCUGGACACCCGUCCUCCAGGACCCAGUGACUGCCGGCACUGCGGAGAAAGAGCUCGUGGCCCAGGAGGGUCUGGGAACCAGCAAAGGGAUUCCUAAAGCUGGGACAAGCCCCCGGAGCGUUCCCGCACGCAGAAAGUUGCAGGUUGCGCCUCCCCUGAAGCCCCCGCCGCCACCACCACCGCCCAGGGACGACCUGCCUUGGGGAGACCUGACGCUCAACAAGUGCCUGGUGCUGGCCUCACUGGUGGCACUGAUGGGCUCAGCUGUCCAGCUCUGUCAGGACGUGGUGGCUGGGGAGGUGGCGGUGGAAGUCCCUCAGCAGUGGGUCCCGCCCAGUCCUCCACCCAAGAAACCAGAGGUGCCCGCGCCUAAGCCCCCACUCUUGGUGCCCCCAUCCGGGCCUCCUGAGUCACCCGGACCCCAGGUACAGAAGCAGGAAAAGCCUGAGGCUGCAGAAGCAGAAACCCAGGGGGAGCCUGGCGGGUCCACCACAGAGGCCUCUGGAGAGGAGUGCGCACCCCUUGGUGGCCGAGGGUCCCAGGAGAGGCUAAGGGAGAAGUCAAAGAAAGGAGAGAAGCUGAAGAAGGAGAAGCUGAGGAGGGAGAAGCCCAGGAAGGAGGAGAGGCAGUGGGUCACCAGGGAGCCCCGCCAAUCCCUGUCCCGGCGCUGGGAGGCGCACGAAGGAGGCCAUCGGCCAUGGACGCGGUCCUCCAGGGAACUCGAGCAUGAGAAGCGGCAGGCCUGGGCUCCCCGGCGACGCCACGACCGUGACGACCGACCCAGACAGAAGCCUCCUGGGGGAAAGAGGCGCGAUUGAUCCUGCCCCUGUCCUCCUUGGUGAACCCCGUGUCCCUUCUCCCUGCAGGACCAGUAAAUAAAGCUCGU